GGCCUCAAAAGCCCGGAUGUCGAGAAGGCGCGCGCCGAGGCCGCGGCGGUGAAGACCUGCCGCUGAGACCCUUGGGAGGCAGUGCUCGCGCGGGAGUGCGCAGGCGCAGACGGCCGGCCCCCUCUCGAAGGUUGAUAGUCUUCAGCUGGAAUGGAUUGGGAGCUGAAAAAGAGAAAUCAUAAGUCAAGGACAAAAACAGGCUAACAUGACUGGUACCAUUAUAAUAUAGUGAGCCACCCCUUUUCUAAAGAAGAGCCCAAAGGAAGACUGGUCAUCUCUUGUAAAUCUCAAAACCAUGGCUCAGGGAUCAGUGUCAUUCAAAGACGUGACUGUGGACUUCAGUCAGGAGGAGUGGCAGCACCUGGAUCCUGCUCAGAAGACACUCUACAUGGAUGUAAUGUUGGAAAACUAUUGCCAUCUCAUUUCUGUGGGGUGUCACAUGACCAAGCCUGAUGUGAUCCUCAAAUUGGAACGAGGAGAAGAACCGUGGACAUCAUUUAAAGGUCAUACCUGCUUAGAAGAAAACUGGAAAGCCGAAGACUUAUUAUUGAAAUUCAAGGAACAGCAAGAUAAGUAUUCUAGAUCAGUUAUAUUAAUCAACCACAAAAAGCUGGUUAACGAGAACAGUAGUACAUGUGAAAAGACAUUUACUUUAAGUAAAAACCCUAUUAAUUCAAAAAAGCUACCUCCUGAAUAUGACACUCAUGAAAAGAUUUUUAAAAAUGUUUCAGAAUUAAUCAUCAGUAAUCUAAGUCCUACAAGGAGACUUAGUGAGUGUAAUGGGUAUGGGAAAUCACUCCUCAAUACUAAACCAGAGACAGCUCACUCUGGAGUCAAAUCUCAUAAUCAACGUGGGAGGACCAUCAGUCAUAAUGAAAUGAUCACGCAGUAUCAUAAGAUGGAAACUCCAGCACAGUCAUUUGAAUAUAAUGACUGUGAGAAAGCCUUUCUUAAAAGAGGAGGCCCAAUUACACAUAGUAGAACUUAUAGAAGGGGAAACACAUCUGAUUAUAAUAAAAGAAGAAGAACAGCCAAUAUUGAAAAAAAGCAUACAUGCACUGAAUGUGGGAAGUCCUUUUGCAGGAAAUCAGUAUUGAUUCUGCAUCAGGGAAUUCACACAGAAGAAAAACCCUAUCAGUGUCAUCAGUGUGGAAAUUCAUUUAGGAGGAAAUCCUAUCUCAUUGAUCAUCAGAGAACUCACACAGGAGAGAAACCCUUUGUUUGUAAUGAAUGUGGUAAAUCUUUCCGCCUAAAGACAGCCCUCACUGAUCAUCAGCGAACACAUACAGGGGAGAAAUCAUAUGAAUGUCCACAAUGUAGGAAUGCCUUUAGAUUGAAAUCACACCUCAUUCGUCAUCAGAGAACUCACACAGGAGAGAAACCAUAUGAGUGUAGUGACUGUGGGAAGUCUUUCCGCCAGAAGACAACACUCUCCCUACAUCAGAGAAUUCAUACAGGAGAAAAACCCUAUAUUUGUAAAGAAUGUGGAAAGUCCUUUCAUCAGAAGGCAAACCUUACUGUACAUCAAAGAACUCAUACAGGGGAAAAACCCUAUAUUUGUAAUGAAUGUGGGAAAUCCUUCUCCCAGAAGACAACCCUUGCUCUUCAUGAGAAGACUCAUAAUGAAGAGAAACCUUAUAUUUGUAAUGAAUGUGGAAAAUCCUUCCGCCAGAAGACAACCCUCGUGGCACAUCAGAGAACACAUACAGGGGAAAAAUCCUAUGAAUGUCCUCACUGUGGGAAGGCUUUUAGAAUGAAGUCAUACCUCAUUGAUCAUCACAGAACUCACACAGGAGAGAAACCAUAUGAAUGUAAUGAAUGUGGAAAAUCCUUCAGUCAGAAGACAAAUCUCAAUUUACAUCAGAGAAUCCAUACAGGAGAGAAACCUUAUAUUUGUAAUGAAUGUGGGAAGUCUUUUCGCCAGAAAGCAACCCUCACUGUACAUCAGAAAAUACAUACAGGGCAGAAAUCCUAUGAAUGCCCUCAGUGUGGGAAAGCCUUUAGCAGGAAAUCAUAUCUCAUUCAUCAUCAAAGAACUCAUACAGGAGAGAAACCAUACAAGUGUAAUGAAUGUGGGAAGUGCUUCCGCCAGAAGACAAAUCUCAUUGUACAUCAGAGAACUCACACAGGGGAGAAACCUUAUAUGUGUAAUGAAUGUGGUAAGUCUUUCAGUUAUAAGAGAAAUCUUAUUGUCCAUCAGAGAACUCACAAGGGAGAAAACAUGGAAAUGCAGUAAUAAAUGUGAUUUCUUUGUGAAGCCUUUCUAAGUUAUUGUAAAACUUUGUUUUUUUAAAGCAUGCUUAAACAUAAAUAUGAGGUAAUUUUAAUGACAAAUGUAAUAAUAAUUAUUAAUUUAAUGUACUGUAUCACAUAAAUAUUUAUCUAUGUUUACUAGCAUAUGAAAUGGGUGUGAUCAUUGAUACUGAACUUUUUAUCAGCAAUGAAGCUAAUUUUCUAAGUUUUUGAGUUCUCCUGACUCACUUUAUUUUUUUAAGUGCUUAUAUAGUACAUGCAGAGGCAAGAUGCAAAAUGAUUAUAAGCAUCAGCCUCCAUAAGAGGAAAAAAAUAUGAAAUAAACUUCUUAUUGCACUCUUCAGAAUAAAAUGUAGUUGCUACUACCCCCAAAGUUGACCACUUCCCAGUUUUUAACAUGAAGUAGUUUUCUUACAUCCUCAAACUAUAUAUGUAUUUUAUUAUAUAUUAUAAAUUCUUUUGUGUUGUUUCACUCAACAUUUUAAAGAUCCAUACAUUAUUGCAUGUGGCAGUAGUGUAUUCAUUUACAUUCUGUAUACUAUUCCAUUUUAAGAAUAUACUGCUAUUUAUCAAUCCUCUUGAUGGGUAUUUGUAUUUUUUUAUAAUUUUGUGUUGUAAUAAAAAUGUGGCUGUAAA